AUGGCUACCUCUGUCGUUGGUACCACCUCUACGUCGUCCAUCUUUUAUGAGCAACUCGUUAUUGCUGAAAAUCGGUACAAGAAAAAGUUAAAUAAAUUUAAAUCGAGUAAAUUACAAGAAGUUAUUGAAAUGUUACACCUGUGUAUCAAUAUAAUUUCUAAUGAAAAAUCAAAUGAAAAUUACAACCAAAUGAAAAAUGAUACUCAGGAAACGUUGAACGAUUCAGAAAUGAAUCUUACAUUAUCGACAAAAAGACACGACCCGUCAUUACAAUGUCGAUUUUUCAAGGUACUCCCCAUCAAAUCCGGGUCUUCUGAGCAACAAAAUAUGAUUAUUAAUCGUUUACUGAAUCGAAUUGAUCGCGUUCUUGCUCAAAAUGAACGUCUUCUACAAGAAAACCAUGAUCUUGUUCGACAUCUCCUGCAUCAGGACCAACCAUCACCAUUAAUGUCUAUUCCUGCUUUAUCAUCCGUACAACAGCCGCUUUUACAUCAGCCUUCAUUUCAACCACAACCGAAAGAAACUGAAAAUCAUAUUCCAAAUGCAACAUCGACACCAAAAAUCAAAAGAAAAAAUAAGAUUCAAUGCUAG